AUGCGCGUCAAUGAACGCCUUCUUGGUGUCUUCGCCCUCGCCGCGGUCGGCACGAGCCAGUUUUACACGGGCGAAGGCACGACGUAUGGGCCGCCCGAUGGUGGCGACAGCGCGUUUACCGGCAACUGCGCGCUCAUGAAGCCGCUCGACCUCGCGCCUCGCUUCCACGCAGCCAUGAACAACUUCCAGUGGAGCACCGGCAUUCAUUGUGGUCGGUGCGUUGAAGUCCAGUGCAUUGAUCCGCGCUGCACGUCCCAAGAGAAGGUGCUCGGCCAGAUCACCGAUCGGUGCCCCGAGUGCCAGUUUGGCGACCUCGACAUGUCGUUGCCCAUGUUCAACAAGGCCACCGGCCUCAACACGGACCGGCCCAAGAUCAAGUGGCAGUUUGUCAACUGCCCCGUCGCGGGCGGCGUCCAAGUGUGCGCCAAGAGCGGCAGUUCCAAGUACUGGCUGUACAUCCAAGCCUCGAACGCUCUCAAUGGCGUCGCCAAGAUGAAGAUCAACGGCGGUGACGCCCCGUCGUUCGACUCGGCGUACUAUUUCAAGAGCCAAGUGCUCAACGUCGAGCUCUCCGACACCACGGUCGACAUGACGUCGCACUCGGGGGAGACGAUCAGCACCAAAGUGUCGCUCCAGGCCGACCAGUGCACGCAGAUCCCGCAGCAGUUUACCGUCGGCGUCGUGCCAGGCCCGCCGUCCGAGCCCAUCGACGAGCCAGCCGCCUACCCCGUCGACGUCGGCACCGACCACCGAGGCGCCGACAACAACGACACCGGCGCCAACGACCUCGGGUACGCCGACCCCACAACGGGAGCUCCCACGACGGGAGCUCCCACAACGGGAACUCCCGAGGCUACAACGGCCGCACUCACGACAGUCGUAGCCACGACGACGGUGACACCAACAACCGAACUGCCGUUGGAAACCCUUCCGGCCGUCAACCCGUCGACGCCCGUUGCAACGUCGGCGCCCAUCGUUGCGCGCAAAACCGACGCUGUCGAAGUUUCGGUGCAGGCGUCGGCAGGCGCCGGUGCGGACGUCACGAGCUACCUCGUGGCGGGCGCCGGUUUCUUGGUGGUCGUCGCGGCGGCAGUCCUUGUCCUCGUCGUCAAGCGAUCGCGCCGCAAGUACAUGCAAGAGAAGGAGUCGGAUGCGUCGUUCGACGGCCCCAUCAUGCGCUACGGCCAAUCGGAGACGUCGCAGGCGAAUGUCGCGAUCCUCUAAGGUCGCCGUAGUGUCUAGUCGUCGUUCGUGUCGUGCUGAAAUGCUCAACAGAGUUGUGUUCUAUGUGCCCACGCACAUCUCUGUCCAUGGCAUCACGAUCAACGACAAGCAGACCUAUAUCACCGCGUAGCAGUCGUUGUAGUCGUAAGCUUUCGCUCCAUUUACGUCUCUCGACUUCACCGAUUGACUUCAC